UAUAUGUAAGAGUGCCUAUAGACAGAAUUGUUUGUUUAUUUUUGAAUUAGAAUCUAAUUCAAAAAUUAAAAGAAUCUCAUUUCAUUUUUUUGUGUUCUUUUUGGACCAAAAAUCUUUUGGCUCAUCGACAAAAACCUUGCCCAUUUUGCCCAUCGUUUUUUUCCGAUACAAUAGAAGUUUGCCCAUUGGACUAAAAAUCCUGGUUACACCGCUGUAGAAGACGUAUGAUUGAUAUAGUCAAAAGAAGACAAAAAACACUGAUAAGUGCGCUUCAUUAAGAGUCAAGUAAUGAGCACCAUGAGAACAAGAGAAUAUUCUUUUCAAAACUGAAAACAUGUAUACUAAAUAUAAAUCAUAUCUUUAUAAGCUUAUGCUCACUCACAAACAUUCAAAUGAAGUCUAUUGUAUAUGUUAUUGUGCUGUAUUUUUGUAAUUUAAAGACUUUUAAAAGUUUUUCUCUUUUAUUUUCCAUCACUGUUUGUAACCACGAGUAUUGCCCAGUAUAUUGUGUGCAAAAUUAUUAUAUUUUUAAUUUUUAGCAUAAGAAAUUGUUUAAAGUUUUCUAAUAAAUUGUUCAAUUUACAUUCUUAUUCAGUCAUUAAAAAUUUUUUGCUCCUAUUUCAAUUGUAAAUAAUUAAAAAAUGAUUAAUAUUAUUAUUAUUAUUAAUAUACUGUCGUUUCUACUUAAUUCAUCUCUUCUUGUACAGGCUUUUAUUCCACAUCCUGCAAUUCGUGUUGGUGGUCGUGCUGGUGAUUCAAUCACACAUACAGAAAUUACUCAAAUUGGAUUUUUAAGAAGUUUAACUAAAUAUUUUAAGGAUCAUAUUGAUGAUGCAACAAAAAUUGAUCUAUCUAAAUCGUACACCAUUAAUGAUCUAUAUAAACUCUAUUACAAUGUUAACGAUAAAGAGGCUCAGAAAUAUACAACACCAAUAAAAUCUGUUAUUGAUGUUAUUCUCGUUGAAAAUGCAUUAGUCGAUUUUAAUAAUGCUACAAAAAAAUUACCAGCAGCACAUUUUGAUAGUGAAGCAUUUAUCAAUGGUAGUCGACGAAUAUUGACUAUUCGCAAAUUAAUUAUUGAUGAUGUUAAAGAGAAAAAAGAGUAUAAAGAAGCGAGAAAAUAUAUUGGACAAUUAUUACAUACACUUCAAGAUUUUUAUUCACAUUCAAAUUGGUUAGAAUUGGGAAAAACUGUUAUUAAUGAUAAAUUGGGUGUUGAAUUAAUUAUUGGACAAGUGGCUUCUCCAAAUCAAUCGACAUGUACCAAUGAGGGAUGUUUAAAAACAAAAGUACGAUGUGGUCCCUAUCAAAAGUUGACACUUAACAAAUGUCCAUUAAUUUAUUUUGAUUGUAUUAAUAAUAUAAGACAAGAAAUAAUUACACAAGGUCUUUUAACAUCAGGAUUUUCAAUCAAUCAAUUUAAUGAAUUUGGACAAGCAAUUUUCAAACCAAAAAAUGUUGAAAAAUGCAGUCAUGGUGGUGUACUGGACACAUCGUCGUAUGUGAAUGCUGUCGGUGGUAUUAACAAAGACACCGUCUCAGCAAUUUAUUCUCCUCAUCAUUAUUUACACUAUGAUGCUGCCGAUCUAGCUACAAAUCAAACUGAAAAGUUUUUUAAUGAUUUAAGACGAGAUUUAGGCGAUCAAGAUUAUGCCGAAUUAUUUGAUAUUCAUCCAUCAAAGUCAAAAAUGAUUGUUCAAGGAUUUGUUGAUAAAUUUCGUAAAUAUCAUUUUUUUACAAAUUCGGUUUCAUCUGGCAUGAGUUUUGGACACAAUCUAUAUCUUAAUUUCAAAAAUUCUAUCAAAAAUCGGUUUUCAAAAAUAAAAAAAUUAUUUGGUAGACAAACCGAAGUACCAGAUUAUAAAACAGGUGCAGAAGAUUCAAAUGGUGAUUUGAAACCAGGCGAUAAAGAUGAUGUUCAUACAGGUAUAUUAAUGAAACGUUUAUUUCAUAUUGAUCAAGAUUUAAGUAGUAACAAAAAUGUUCACCAGCAAGAUUUAAUCCACAGAAAACGUAUUAUUGAAGUAUUACGUCAAACAUAUGAUAGAUGA